AUGCAAAUGAGGGUGAUCCCAGUGAUACAGUUUUUGUCAUAAAGCAAUGUCGUAACCGGCCCAUAAAUGUAAAAAAUUGGUGUAUUAUCACCAGCAAUUAGUUAGUCAGUUGUGAAAAAAAAUGUAAUACAAAAAGUAACAUUGCUAGUUUGUCCUUUCAACAGUCUCCGUAGAAUGUCAUGACCUAACCAACAAAUUUUAUGUUGGCUGAUUUCCUUGCAAAUAGUUAUUUAUUAAAAUUUCUUGCGUCUGUGAUAGGAAAUAGUGAGGGCUUAAAGCGAAAAUGUCGUGCAAACAGCGCAAAAUUGCAGUGAUGGGAUACAGAUCCGUUGGUAAGUCUUCCUUGAGCAUUCAGUUCGUCGAUGGACAAUUCGUAGAUUCGUAUGAUCCAACGAUUGAAAAUACAUUCACAAAAACUGUAAGAAUUAAUUCACAAGAUUAUGAGUUGACGUUGGUCGACACGGCCGGACAGGAUGAAUUGACGCUCUUCCCUUCACAAUACAGCAUAGAUGUUCAUGGAUAUGUGCUUGUUUAUAGCAUAACUGAUAUAAGGUCGUUUGAAGUUGUUGGGACAAUUUUUCAUAAACUUCAAGACCUUAACGGAAAAAUUCAAGUACCAGUUGUUUUGGUAGGAAACAAGACAGAUUUACAUAUGGAAAGAAUGAUUUCUUAUGAAGAAGGAAAGAAAUUGGCCGAAGACUGGAAUGCAAUUUUUUUAGAAACGUCAGCAAAACAAACUGCUUCUGCUUCUGAAAUUUUUCACAUGUUGUUGCUGGAAAUGGAGAAGAUUGAUGGAAUUCUGGGUGAUAGACCCAACUGUAUUGUGUCGUAAAUCAUAUUUGGGUUUCACUUUUAGUUACACUCAAAUUCACCUCUUCUUGUAUGCAACAAAGCAUUUCAUUUGCUUUCUCAGUUUAGCUUUGCGCCAAUCUAUCCUUCUUAGUGAUACUAUUAAGUGAUAGCAAAAUUUUUGAAUUUGUUGUGAUUUGUUUCAAGUGUUGUUUAAAAAUAUAUAUUACUGAUAUUAAAAGUACAAAUUAAUUGUCAGUUUUACCUUGAUUGUAAAUUUAUUCAGACUCUUAAGUUUUUUAUGCAAUCUAUAUUUUAGAUUAUAUUUGUUCCUGUACUUGUGUAAUGUUUUUAAGAGCUGUCUAGUUGUAUAAAAAACUUAUGUUAGAAAAUGAAAAUUUUAACAAUUGUUAAAAAUCAGUUUUUGCAAUCAAGGAUCAUACUUUACUGACAGUUUUGUAUCAAAGAUUAUUAUACUCUUAGAUUCUAUGUAGUCAUAUGUAUAUUUAUUAUAACUAUUUUUUGUUACUACAAAAUACAAGCUAUAUCAUUUGAAGAAUUAAACAUAAUAUAUUUUGUUAACUUUUA